AUGGCGGACUCCGAUGGCGAAUACGUGAAUGAUCUCUCAGAUGAUGAUAUUGGAGCACCAGUCACUGUAAAUGCUGAACAUGGCACACGAUCUACUGGAGCUGUCGCAGGACCUGCCGGAUCAAAUACCAAAGUAAAAGCUACAAGCGGCGGGGGCAACAGACGAAGGGCUGCGUGGGAGGAUAUUCAAAGAAGUUGGGACACUGUUGUGGAAGGAGCUGAUGGGAGUAUUAAUUCUACAGUCGAGGGAUUGAGAGAGGCUAAUAAGAGGAAGAGAUUAUUGAGAGAUACAACGCCCUUACAACGAGGUAUUAUCCGGCACUUCAUCCUCAUCCUCGAUCUCUCCUUCGCCAUGACCGAAAAAGACAUGCGCCCUACGCGCUACCUCCUUACCAUCCGCUACGCCAGCGAGUUCGUCACCGAAUACUUUGAACAGAACCCCAUCUCUCAACUCGGUAUCAUUGGCAUGCGUGAUGGUAUCGCCGUGCGCAUUUCAGAUAUGAGUGGAAAUCCCACCGAGCAUAUUGAACGAUUAAAGGGUCUCCGCGCAGACCAAGGACAAGGAAAUCCCAGUUUACAAAAUGCGUUGGAGAUGAGUAGAGCUGCGCUUUUUCACGCCCCGAGCCAUGGCACCAGGGAGAUUCUUAUUAUAUACGGUGCGCUGCUCACGAGUGAUCCGGGCGAUAUCCAUGACACGAUCUUAUCCCUUAUAACGGACCGCAUACGAGUCAGCAUAGUAGGCCUUGCGGCUCAAGUUGCCAUUUGCGGCGAAAUAUGCUCGCGCACCAAUGCUGGGGAUGAUACGGCGUAUUCUGUUGCGCUGAACGAAGAACAUUUCAGACAACUGAUGAUGGCAACUACGACGCCCCCGGUGACCCGUACUAAGAAACAAUCGCAGAGUAGCCUGCUCAUGAUGGGGUUUCCGUCUCGGACACUAGGGGCAGGGCAAAGCAUGAGUUUUUGCGCAUGCCAUGGGAAAUUAAGCAGAGGAGGUUACCACUGUUCUCGCUGUGAAAGUAAAGUAUGCUCCCUACCCGCUGAAUGUCCAGCAUGCGGCCUUACACUCAUUCUCUCGACUCAUUUGGCCCGCUCAUAUCAUCAUCUCUUCCCGCUCCGCAAUUGGGUCGAAGUACACUGGAAGGAUGCGGGUAAAUCCAAGGGGUGCUAUGGGUGUCAAGCAACGUUUCCCCAGCGGAGUGGACAUGAUAGGGGGGCAACAGAACUGGGCUUGAAGGGCACGAGUGAAAGUGGGAGGUAUGGGUGUGAGGUUUGUGGAAAUCACUUUUGUAUCGAUUGUGAUGUUUUUGCGCAUGAGGUGGUGCAUAAUUGUCCAGGGUGUCAGAGUGAUACGAGGAGUAUGAUUAGGGGGGUGGAGGGAGGAGAAGGUUUAGCGAGAAUUGCAGAGAAGGAUUUAGAUGCUAUGGUUGAAUAG